GCUGACUUUGUGCUUUUCAGUUUUCUACUUGGGAUUUAGAUGGAUGUUUCUUCCAUUGCGCGAAAUACUAUUAUCCUAACUACUGAUCAAGAUCCUUUGUUAAUGGACCACGAUACCCACAAUAACCGCGACCACAUCGUUGACAUUACAAUACGCAAUGACCAGGACUCUUCUUCAUCAACAUCUUCUUCUAUCGAUGAGCUCACUCCUCCACAUCAAGCUGAAUUGGAGACAGUAUCAUCAUCAAAUGGUACAGCGCAUCCAGCUCCUCCUCACCAAAGACCAACUUCUUCUAGGAAUGCUCGCCGUACUAGGACUCCACUGAAUUCUGGCCUUUGGAUCUCAGUUGAGUUAGUUGUCACUGUCGCUCAGAUUGUUGCAGCCAUUGUAGUUAUGGUUCUCGCUAAAGAUGAACAUCCUCAAGCGCCAUUAUUUACUUGGGUUAUUGGAUAUACUUCUGGCUGUAUAGCCACUCUCCCUAUUCUCUUUUGGCGUUUUCGCACUUAUAGUCGAGGUACAGGGCAAGAUUCUUCACAGCGUGGUAGCUCUUCUCAAGCCAAUAAUAAUAAUCCUUCAGAGUCCACACCAUAUACAGCCGUCUCAGUUGCUCAAGCAGCAGAUGACAUGAGUGCAGCACCUAGAAACAAUCAAGUUGGGGAAACCUUAAGAACAAGGCUCAACGGGCUGGUGGACCACUUCAAGAUGGCGAUUGAUUGUUUCUUUGCGGUGUGGUUUGUUGUGGGGAAUGUAUGGAUAUUUGGAGGUCACUCAUCUCCUUCUGAUUCUCCUAAACUGUACAGGUUAUGCAUAGCGUUCCUUACUUUCAGUUGCAUUGGAUAUGCAAUGCCAUUCAUACUAUGUGCAACCAUAUGUUGUUGUCUGCCUUGCUUAAUCUCUGUUCUCGGAUUUCGAGAAAACUUCUCACAAACUAGAGGAGCCACUACCGAGGCCAUCAACGCAUUGCCUGUCUACAGGUUUAAAUCAAAAAGUAGAAAUGAUUUGGAAUUUUCAGAAGAAGGUGAAGGUGGAUUUCUUCUCUUGGGAUCCCAGAAGAAACGUCUUAUAUCAGGCGAGGAUGCCAGCUGUUGCAUCUGCUUGACUAGAUAUGGCGACGACGAACAAGUUAGAGAGCUUCCAUGCUCACAUGUCUUCCAUGUAGACUGUGUAGACAAAUGGCUUAAAAUCAAUGCGACUUGCCCUCUCUGUAAAAAUGAGGUUGGAGAAAGCAGCGGUGCUUCCUCAUAGACAAGAGAUGAGUUGAUCCCAGCUGUUUGGAGUUGGGAUACAUAGUCUGUCAUGUGUAUAGACUUAAGACUUGUAUAGUUGAGAUGUUGUUUAUUCAUUUUGUCUGUCCAAGAGUUGUAUCUUUCCAAAUCAAUAAAUUUCGAAAUAAUGU